AUGUAUUCUCUGGUUUUUACGCUUUACUAUUGCUACAAUUUUCUUUGUCUGGUCAAACUGCACCUUCAGUCAAGGCAGCUUAACGUUUUCUAUGCCUUUCAGGUGAGUGAGAUUAACCGGUCUGGCUUCUAUCAACAUGUCUGCGUCGAUCUAGACCUCUGCAACUUGGCUGUAAACACUUUGCUUAUGGCUAGCCGUGUGCCAGAACUCGAGGGUGCUAGUGUUACGUUUGACACUCUGUCCUCUGAAGAUCGACCUCUCGAUGUCCAGCUUACCGACAUCUCUGGUGGUCUUAAUCUGGGCGCAAACAUCACCAGUUAUGAUGAAACGGCUGCAUCAGGGGCUGCAUUUCGUGUACUUCGGUCAGUUAACUCAAUGGUUGCUGGCUGGGUGAAGGAUGUGACUCACUAUGGCAAUGCUCUUGCCGAUGAGCAAAUCGUACAUUUCUACCAAUGGCUCCGUUCACCUCGUUCUCUCCUCUAUGAUCCUGCACUCAGGCGUAGCCUACAGAAACUUAUGAAAAAGGUUUAUGUCAAGCUGGUGGAUGAGUUGCGCCAUCUGCAUGUGGAUGUCUUGCAUGCAAGUUUUAACCGACUCGUUGUCUGCUCUAGACGUACUGAUUUGGCUAGUGCACUGGCACGUGUUGAUAACCUCACUCGCUUGUUGCGCGGCCAACCUCUGUUUUCCCGACUUGACAUACAAUACGCCAACAGCUGGCGUCGCCUGAUUUGGAUGGAUCAGGCUAACUAUGCCGGAAUUAAGGUAAAUUGCUGGUGA